UUUCACACGUUUGGCGGCCAUCUUUGAGUUCCUCAAAGUACUGGUAAUUUUUGCAAUCCGGUUGCAUCUGGGAACUUCAGCUUGCAACCAUGAAACUUGUUAGAUUUUUGAUGAAACUGAGCCAUGAAACUGUGACAAUCGAACUGAAAAAUGGAACAGUUGUUCAUGGAACCAUCACAGGUGUGGAUAUGAGUAUGAAUACACACUUAAAGGCUGUGAAAAUGACUAUAAAGCACAAGGAACCAGUACAGAUAGAGUCACUGAGCAUCAGGGGCAAUAAUAUUCGCUACUUCAUUCUCCCAGAAAGCUUACCAUUAGACACACUUUUAGUUGAUGAUGCUCCCAAAGCUAAGGCUAAAAAGAAGGAAGCAGCUGCCAGAGGAAGAGGUCGUGCUCCUAGUGGGAGAGGCAGAGGGCGUGGAAGAGGCAGGGGUAGAGGAAGAAGGUGAUUAAAAUCAAGAUUGCAAAGCUAAAACAUUAACAUCUGAAACUGGAGGAUCCCUGAAGUUACUGUGGCUUUUUUAAUUUUACAAACUAAAAUCCUCUUAAAGCUGCUAAGGUUUUGUGGUGAGAUGAUAUCAUUGACAAUACUGUGUACUUUGUUAGUGAUAGCAGCUUAAAGUAAAAUGUUGUAGCAUUCAUAAAGCCACUGUAAUGAGGCCACAAGGACUAGUCUCUACUACACUAUCAUGUAGGAUUGCACAAUUGUAUAGCUUCAGAACAAAGGAAUGCAGUGGAGUGGCUGUAAGGACUUAACCUGAUCUUCAGGAAAACAGAAGUUUGAUGACAAAGAGAACAGUUUGCAUGCAAGUUCUUUUUGAUUUGUUAUUAAAAUGUAAAUAAAAGUUUUUGACAUGAUUA